AUGGACAAGCUGCUCGUGGUAACCGUACUUUCCUGUGUUUGCGUCGUCAUGGCGGAGCAUUACGGUUUCGAGCUGCCCCCUGAUUAUCAGAGAACAUCUCUGGGCGACGGCAUUGAUGUCUCCACGAUGAAAGUUCUUAAGGCGACGUACGAUGCAUCAGCAGAUAAGAAUAUAGUCUCAUCACCACUGGGCCUCAUGACUCUGCUCUCAUUGUACAACUUGGGCGCUGGAUCGGGUGCUAAAUCUGAAAUCACCAGUUUCUUGGGAGGAACCGAUUUUCAAAAGACUUUUGACUCGUACAGAGAAUUGAACGCGAGGUUUUCAGAAAUGAACCCUGACUACCUCACAGUUGCGAACAAGAUCUCCGUUUCAAAACAGUACACCUUGAACGAGAUGUUCGCUGCAUCUGCGAGAGCCUACCGCAGCGAGUUCGACUCGGUUGACUUCACUAAGCCCGAAGAAGCCGCCGCUGCAAUAAACAAAUGGGCUGCCGAAAAGACGAAGGGUCAUAUCACAGAGCCAGUCAGCAAAGACGCUUUAACUCCUGAUGUGGUCGCGGCACUUUUUAAUGUGAUAUACUUUAAUGGCCACUGGCACGUUCCGUUCAAAGCAGAAGAGACAAAGGACAAAGACUUCCACGUGAGCCGCGACAAUGUCAUUAAAAAACCCAUGAUGCAUCUACUACAAUCUCUGUACUACACAGAGAGUGAACAACUUGGAGCUAAGAUGUUAGAGCUUCCGUACAAGGAGAAAGGUUUCCGCAUGGUAGUGGUGCUCCCGAACGAAGUGGACGGUCUGCCGUCGGUGCUGGAGAAGGCGGCGGAGAAGGGACUCCUCUCGGACGUGUUCAAGCUGAAUCCGGCUGGCCGCGACGUAGAUCUGGAUAUGCCCAAGUUUGACAUCAGGACUAAGAUAGACUUCAACGAUAUUUUACCGAAGGUCGGCGUAAGUAAAAUUUUCAGAGAGGAUGCACCAGGUAUCGUGAAAGGUGUUCCAGUCAAAUUGUCGAAGGCAUUCCAAGAAGCUUUCAUCAAAGUGAACGAAGAAGGAGCUACAGCGGGGGCAUUCACUGGUUUAAUUGCUGUGCCAGCGUCAUCCAAUUCAAGACCUCCACCACCGAUGAAGUUCACAGUGGACCAUCCGUUCCUGUACGCGAUCCUGUACGAGGAUAAAAUCCUGUUCGCGGGCACAUAUUCUAAAUAA